AUGCGAGAAGAAGAAAUGGACCUGCGAUUUCUUGGUGAGGUGAGCGCACCCGGCUCCAGCUGCCCCUCGCAGCUCCGGCGGGGGCACAUCCGUGGCCCGGGAGAAAGGACCCGAGCCCGGACGGGACAGCAGUCCCGGGAAUCGCGGGAGUCGGGGAGAGAGCGCACGCGGUUGGGUUGGGGUCUGCGGGACUUCGUGGGGGAUGUUUAUUGUGAAGACUCCGAGAUGGGAAAAGUGGGCGUGGCGCUGGAGACCGAGAGCCGCCUGCGCUUCACGCUCCGCGAUCCGGCGCGGCAGCGCUACGAGGUGCCCAUGGCCACACCGCGGGUGAGCAUCCGUGCGGCCGACGCGCUGUAUGGGGUGCAGCUGCUCCAGGACCCGUUCGGCAUCGUCGUGUUCCGGCAGCCCGGCGGGCAGGUCCUGCUCAACACCAGCGUCGCUCCGCUGUUCUUUGCGGACCAGUUCCUGCAGAUUUCCACCUCUCUGCCCUCUCGUUUCAUUUCUGGGCUGGGGGAGCGCCUGACCCCUCUCAUCCUCGACACGGCCUGGACCAAGGUCACACUGUGGAACCGGGACAUGGCACCCGCGCCCCAGGUCAAUCUCUAUGGUUCCCAUCCCUUCUACCUGGUGCUGGAGGACGGUGGCUCUGCGCAUGGUGUCUUCCUGCUGAACAGCAAUGCCAUGGAUGUGCUCCUGCAGCCCAGCCCAGCCCUGACCUGGCGCACAACAGGAGGCAUCCUGGACUUCUAUGUCUUUGGGCCCGACCCCCAGAAUGUGGUGCGGCAGUACCUGGAUGUCGUUGGGUUCCCCUUCAUGCCCCCAUACUGGGCCUUGGGCUUCCACCUGUGCCGUUGGGGUUAUUCUUCCACUGCCACCACCCGGCAGGCUGUAGCCAACAUGUCGGCUGGGCGCUUCCCCCUGGAUGUACAGUGGAACGACCUGGAUUACAUGGAUGCAAAGAGGGACUUUACCUACAACAAGGAAACCUUCAGGGAUUACCCCGACAUGGUGCACGACUUCCAUCAGCGUGGCCUGCGCUAUGUCAUGAUUGUGGAUCCUGGCAUCAGCAGCUCAGGGCCACCUGGCACCUAUUGGCCCUACGACGAUGGACUGAAGCGAGGAGUGUUCAUCCGCAACGCCACGGGGCAACCACUUAUUGGGAAGGUGUGGCCAGGCCCCACGGCUUUCCCAGACUUCACCAACCCUGAGACGCACGAGUGGUGGCACGACAUGGUGAAGGACUUCCACCAGCGGGUGCCAUUUGAUGGCAUGUGGAUUGACAUGAAUGAGCCGUCCAACUUUGUGGAGGGCUCCCAGGACGGCUGCCCUGACAGCAGCCUGGAGAAGCCCCCAUACGUGCCAGGUGUGUUUGGGGGCCGCCUGCAGGCAGGCACCAUCUGUGCCUCCAGCCAGCAGCACCUGUCCUCCCACUACAACCUGCACAGCCUGUACGGGCUGACCGAGGCCAUCGCCUCCCACAAUGCACUGCUCAGGGUGCGGGGCACGCGGCCCUUCGUCAUCUCGCGCUCCACGUUUGCGGGACACGGCCAUUAUGCAGGGCACUGGACAGGGGAUGUGGAGAGCAGCUGGGAGCAGCUGGCCCGCUCCGUGCCAGAGGUGCUGCUCUUCAACCUCCUCGGGGUUCCACUGGUGGGUGCUGACAUCUGUGGCUUUGCGGGUGACACGUCCGAGGAGCUGUGCGUGCGCUGGACCCAGCUGGGUGCCUUCUACCCCUUCAUGAGGAACCACAACGACCACGGGAACCGGCCACAGGAACCCUAUGCCUUUGGCCUGGCUGCACAGGAUGCCAUGAGGAGGGCCCUCCGCCUCCGCUACUCCCUCCUGCCCCACCUUUACACCCUCUUCCACCGGGCACACGUGGCUGGGGACACGGUGGCACGGCCACUGUUCCUUGAGUUCCCCAAAGAUCCCAACACGUGGAGCGUGGACCGCCAGCUGCUGUGGGGCGCAGGGCUGCUGAUCACGCCGGUGCUGGAGCAGGGACAGACCAAAGUCAGUGGCUAUUUCCCAGUUGGGACGUGGUACAGCUUCACAGGGGACUCGACCAUCCACAGCAAAGGGCAAUGGAUCCUUUUAGCAGCCCCCCUGGACACCAUUAACGUGCACAUCCGAGCAGGGCACAUCCUGCCCCUGCAGGAGCCCGGAUUGAACACAGUUGAGUCCCGCAAGAAGGGGAUGACCGUGGUGGUGGCCUUGACGCCGGAUGGCUUCGCCCGUGGAGAGCUGUACUGGGACGAUGGGGAGAGCUGGCAGAGCUUCGAGAAGGGGGACUGCACUGAGAUCCUCUUCCUGGCUGCACGCGGUGCCGUGCUCAGCCAGAUCUUGCGGGCGGGUGGCCACCUGGAUGGGAUCCUGCUGGAGGCCGUCACCGUUCUGGGCGUCCCCAGUGCUCCUCAGCGAGUCCUGGCCAAUGGGGUCCCCGUGGAGGACUUCUCAUACCGCAGCGACACCCAGGUGCUGCGUGUCUCCGUGUCGCUGCCGAUGUGGGAGCAGUUUGUGGUCGCUUGGUCCUGAGCAGGUGAUUGUCCCAGGUGCCACUGUGCCAUUGUGCUUUGAAUCCGUCCAUCCCUUCUGGAGCAGUGCUGCCUCUUGCCCAUGUAUUGUAGCUGCUGUGCCUGAGCCUGGCAUAUUUGUGCUGAAAUGAACUCAUAGGAGGUGUAAGAAUGGGGCUGGCACAAGCAGGCCUGCAGAACUUGAGGGGAUGGGGAAAAACUCAUCGACAGAAUGGGGAAAAAAAAAGACCCAAGGUGCCUUCUGAGACAGCGACCUGUCAGUGUGAGAAAUCUGGCACCUGUCAGGGACUGUGGGGAUUCUCCUGGUUAUGGUUUUGGGAUGGAUGUGGGAGAGUCCCUUCUGCACACUGGACUGUGGUGGUUGGUGUGUGCUGGGUGUGGUAUGCAGUCUGGAGCUCUCCAAGAGGGCUGGGAGUGGGGUGGGGGCCUGGGGAGAAAUGCUGUGAAUAAAGAGUGGUUGUUUGCUCCCA